GCUUACAUAUACCCAGAACUACCUCAGUGGCACACGCCCACUUGGUACAGGGCCCAGAUUCACAACGUGCCUGAGAGAUGGACGGUCCUCCGGCCGACGAUUUCUAUUCGGUGUGCCAUAGCAGCUUCAACAUCCUAUGUCAGUCCAACUGCUCUCACUGGUUCUGCGGCAAUUGCAUUAUGCUUGUUUGGCAUCAUGGAUUAGCACUCCAGCUGUGUAGAUGUCCUCUAUGUCGCCGUCAAAUUACCUUGUUGAUUCCUGGAGAAGCUUCGUUAAGGCAGCAACAUGAUCCUGAGGCUGCUAAGAUUCUAGAAAAGGUUGAAACAUACAAUUGGCUUUUUGGUGGGGGUACCAAUGGUAUUGUUCAGAAAAUGCGGGAUCUUCAAUUUCUCCUCCAAAGGUUGUUACGAGAACUACUUGAUCCUCGGAGAUCCCUUCCUCUUGUUAUCAGAGCCCGUGUCUACAUAGCAAUGUUUCUAAGUGCUGUCUACAUAGUCAGCCCCGUUGACAUCAUUCCAGAAGGAUUAUUGGGAACAGUUGGCUUCUUGGAUGAUCUUCUUAUAGUGCUCAUCUGCUCCCUCCAUGUUGCUGCCAUUUACCGAUCUGUACUCUAUUUCCGUCAUGGAGGUUCAUAAGCUCUCCAGCCUCUCCCGCUGACAUAUUUAAAACCCAAGAGAGGAGAGAGCAGCGAUGAAGGAAAAGAGAAAACUACAUGUAUUCAUAGUAUAUGAUGGUUUUCUUCUCUCUUCUCUUUUCCGAACUUGGAUACACAUGAUUUAUAUACAAGCUAAAAAGCUUUGCCUCUUCGGCCCUAGUUUCUCUGCUCCUUUUUCUUCCCCUUUUCCCCUCCCUCUCCCUUCUCCAACCAAACCGGUACUUUCGUAAGGAGA